AUGCGUGCCGCGCCGCCGCCCGCGCCGCUCCUGCCGCUGCUGCUGCUCGCGCUCCUGGCCGCGCCCGCCGCCCGCGCCCGCAGAGCCCAGUCCGCCCCGGCGCCGCAGCCCGAGCCCGAGCGCGAGUCGCGGCCGCCACCCGGCCCGGGGCCCGGGAACUCCACCUGGACUGGGUCUCGGGCGGCGGGCAGCGGUGGCGGCAGCUCCAACAGCAGUGGCGACGCCUUGGUGACACGCAUCUCCACCCUGCUCCGCGACCUGCCUACCCUGAAGGCGGCCGUGAUCGUGGCGUGCGCCUUCAGCGCGCUCCUCAUCGCCUGCUUGCUGCUGCGCGUCUUCAGGUCGGGAAAGAGGUUAAAGAAGACCCGCAAGUAUGACAUCAUCACCACUCCAGCAGAGCGAGUGGAAAUGGCCCCGCUGAACGAAGAAGAUGAUGAGGAUGAGGACUCCACAGUAUUUGAUAUCAAAUACAGGUAGAAGCUGCCUUUCGGCACGUUGGCAUCCUGCGGAAAGUUGGUCAGCUGCAGCCCGGGGUGUGAAGGAUCUGGAAGCUGAAGCUCUUUUGGAACCAAAACACACGUUAUUUAUAAAACUCUGGCUCCGUGGUGUGUGUUGGACAUCUGCGCAGAAUGUCACCGUCAAGCUUGUUUCCAAAUCGCCACACGAGAGUGGUUUCUGCCACCCUUUGGGUGUCCCUUUAAAAUGUCACCCCCUUCUCUCCCCCUUUCAAGAGGUUUUUUUUUUUGUCUUGGUAAUUAGUGAAGGGCAGAACCGCGUUGAUUUAAAAAAAACAUUUUUUUAAGCAAUUGUUGACAGCAGUGAAAGAGAGUAGGCGGAUCGGGAAUCUAAAAGAAGCCUGAAGGAUACCCAACUGCCUGCUGAGGGUUUCUGAUACUCUGCUCUCCUGGAUCUGCAUGUUAGACCUCGUCUGACCUGGGGGCGUCUUUUUGGCUCUGUCGGGGCCUGGCCUUGUUUUGGUGGCUUCCGUGUGAAAGAUCAAAGCGGAAGUGCUCAGAGCUUGUCCGCCCCUUCCAGAAUGGGACGUGUUUAUAGCUCCUUUCCUUUCCUUUCUUUUGUUUUUCUCAAAGGGUUCAGCAGAAAUAGACAUGGCUAGUUCACAAAGAAUUUCAAGUAUCAGGGAAAACCGAGUGUGCAUGUGUGUGUGUGUGUCUCUGUGUGUGCAUAUGCACGUUUGCACACACAUGCACGUGUACAUAUGAAACAGUUUCUCCUUCUUGGAGGGGAAAGGAAAGCGCCAGGCAGCUUUUGGUUAGUAGCAUCCUUUGUGCUUUUUUUGUGUUUCUCUGCUCUGUCAUAGCUCUAUGUUGUUUAUCCUAGAAAUGGGAUUUUAAAAAAAACCACUGUGGUCAUUUAAACGAGUGGCGAUCCGGUUGGCUGAAGAAAAGCCCGCCGUCAGGGACGAUAUUUGAAGUCAGUCUAGGCCCUGAGGACGCCAUGGGACGGCCCCUCCCACUGGCGUGGGGCAGGGGUCCUGGGCAGUGGCCCGUCUCCAAGAUGUGAGGGCUCCUCUGUGGUGUCACCCAGACGUCUGUUGGCUUCUGGAAGCUUCUCAGGUUG